CGUCUCUCUUUCGUUACCAAUGACGACAACACAAAAUGGCGGACGCUUGAGCUAUCAUAAACACAUACGUUUUUACGCUAAAAACUCGUCAAAUAUGUACGUCCCAGCAUGUAGCCCUUCUUCUUCAAUAUUCAGUGAGAUGCUGGAACUUAAUGCACAGCGUUAUGUUAGCAAAAGAGACGAUUUUGACGACGAAAUAACCCGAGAAGAGAACUAUAACGCAGCGAAAAGCUCGCCUGUCUUCGUCGGCCGUUAUGGCCACAAGUUGACUGAUUCCUCCGGUGAUGCUGUGAUGGAUGGCGACGAUGGUUUCUCGACUCGCUCGUCGUUUUUACCAGACUUCGAUGCAUCCACAACACACCCGGCAGCCUACGGUUACGUUUUGCUGGACAAGAAACCGCCCGUUGUUAAGGAAGCAACUCCCCUUCCAAACCCCAAAGAAUGUAGCCCUAGAGAAUACUUGGGAGCCUAUAUUUUCCCUACGCUUCUACCUGGACUUGAGAAAAUGCUUGGGGCUGCAAAAGAGAACAAGGUUUUUGAGAGAAGAAGAACAAAGUUCAAUGCUUGUGACUUUAUCACUGAGUAUUUAUAUAGAAAUAACCCUAGGUAUGACACAAGACAAGAGAUGACCCUGGAGCAGAUACCAUUUGUGCAGAGAAUCCUUGAGGAAAACCCUAGGCCACCCCUCCCUAUGUCUCUAUUGCUGAGUGACGAAGAGGCUUCAGUCAUCAUCCAGUCAGCAUACAGGGGCUACCUGACCAGGAAACGCCCAGAUGUCCAGGAACUCAGACAGUACCAGAAGGAAAUGAGAAAUGAGGCAGUGGAUAUUUUCCUGAAGGUUGAGGAUUUCUGGCGGAAACACCCUGUAGAUGAGCUAGUAGAGGAUGAUUCUGCAACAGCAGAGUCCCUUACUGAAGCCAACAGCACUCUCGCUGCCACCACUGAGGGCAGCAUCUCUAACUAAUGAAACAUCUGCAGUAAUGGUCCCUGGUUUUGAACAAUUCACUUACACUGCUGGUUUAGGUCUAGGUUACCUUAGAAAUGAACUAUGGUUGCUAUAAACCCUGAGUUCUAGACGACUUGAGCCAUGGAUCUCCGCAACUACCCUGCGGCCAUGGUACCAGAAAGAUAUCUGGCUUUCAGGAGUCCUAAAUGACCUUGGAAUUUCUUGCAACCCCAAUCACACCUUUUAAGUUUUCAUUAGUUCAUUAGUAAAUCAAAGCUGUUGAUAUUGUAAAUAGUAACUAUUAUAUGUUGUUAGAAUUUGAACAUAGUCUCUAGACGUUAACAUUUUAAACAGCUUUAUGAGUUUACAUACUUUCUGUUAUAGCACUCUUUAUGAUAUCUUUGUGCUAUUCGCCGAUUUUACAGCUCAUUUUAAAGCGCCUUGCUCUGUUUUGCUUAGCUUGAAAAGCUUCUAAAAAAUCGAACUGACUGUAAAGAUUGAAUGAGCCAUUGAACAUACUAAAGGGAUUUUAUUCCAUACAAUUCAGCUACCAUAAGAAGUUAGCAUUUUAUGUACAAGUGAACAAUAAAUGAGAACAAAUACACAAAUUUGUAGCCAGUUA